CGCCGCCCCGCCGGUCAAAAGUUGUGCGAAGCGCCGAGGAUGGGAGCGCAUCUUCAGCCUCUCGCCCUGCGGCUUCUGGCGUUGACUUUCCCCUUGGUGGCGAAGGGCUUUUCUGACGAAACCUUGGAGAAAGCCGCGAAAUCCGAGGGAUAUUGCAGUCGUAUCCUGCGAGCCCAAGGCACCAGGAGGGAAGGGUACAAUGAAUUUAGCCUCAGGGUGGAGGGCGACCCAGAAUUUUACAAGCCUGGGAACAGUUACCGGGUGACACUUUCUGCUGCCACUCCUGCUUACUUUCGAGGAUUCACGUUGAUAGCCCUUAAAGAAGGAAAAGAAGGUGACAAAGAAGAUGACCAUGCAGGAAGUUUUCAGAUCAUAGAUGAAGAAGAAACACAGUUCAUGAGUAAUUGUCCUGUUGCUGUUACUGAGAGCACACCUAGGAGGAGGACACGCAUUCAAGUGUUUUGGACAGCUCCUCCUUCCGGUACAGGCUGUGUAAUUCUGAAGGCCAGUAUUGUGCAGAAGCGCAUAAUUUAUUUUCAAGAUGAGGGUUCUCUCACCAAAAAAAUUUGUGAACAAGACUCAGCCUCAGAAGGUGUAACUGAGAAACCAAUUUUAGAUUGUUGUGCCUGUGGAACAGCCAAAUACAGGCUAACUUUUUAUGGAAACUGGUCAGAAAAAACACAUCCCAAAGAUUUUCCACGACGCACCAACCACUGGUCUGCUAUCAUUGGUAGUUCUCACUCAAAAAACUACAUCCUUUGGGAGUAUGGAGGAUAUGCUAGUGAAGGUGUCAAACAAGUCGCAGAGUUGGGAUCCCCAGUGAAGAUGGAAGAAGAAAUUCGACAACAAAGCGAUGAGGUUUUAACAGUCAUCAAGGCAAAAGCACAGUGGCCUGCCUGGCAACCCUUAAAUGUGAGAGCUGCUCCCUCUGCUGAGUUUUCUGUCGAUCGUCACCGGCACCUGAUGUCCUUCCUCACCAUGCUUGGCCCCAGUCCAGACUGGAACGUGGGUCUGUCUGCUGAAGACCUCUGUACCAAGGACUGUGGCUGGGUUCAGAAAGUCGUUCAGGAUUUAAUACCCUGGGAUGCUGGUACAGACAGUGGCAUUAGCUAUGAGUCUCCGAACAAACCUACAGUGCCUCAAGAAAAGAUCAGACCACUUACAAGUUUAGAUCAUCCCCAAAGUCCAUUUUAUGACCCGGAAGGAGGCUCCAUCAAGCUGGUAGCCAGAGUUGUCAUUGAGAGAAUUGCACGCAAGGGGGAGCAGUGCAAUAUUGUACCUGAUAACAUCGACGAUAUUGUGGCAGAUCUAGCACCAGAAGAAAAAGAAGAAGAUGAUACCCCUGAGACCUGCAUAUAUUCAAACUGGUCCCCAUGGUCAGCUUGCAGCUCUUCUACUUGUGAAAAGGGCAAGAGGAUGAGGCAGAGAAUGCUUAAAGCUCAGCUGGACCUCAGUGUGCCCUGCCCAGAUACCCAAGAUUUUCAGCCAUGCAUGGGUCCAGGCUGCAGUGAUGAAGAUGCUUCCACUUGCAUGAUGUCUGACUGGAUUACAUGGUCCCCCUGUAGUGUUUCCUGUGGAAUGGGAACGCGAUCUAGAGAGAGAUAUGUAAAACAAUUCCCUGAAGAUGGCUCUAUGUGUAAAGUGCCUACUGAAGAAACUGAGAAAUGUAUUGUAAAUGAGGAAUGUUCCCCUAGCAGCUGCCUUGUCACUGAAUGGGGAGAGUGGGAUGAAUGCAGUGCUAGCUGUGGCACAGGGAUGAAGAGACGACACAGAAUGAUCAAGAUGACUCCUGCUGAUGGAUCCAUGUGCAAGGCAGAAACUACAGAGGCAGAGAAAUGCAUGAUGCCUGAAUGCCAUACCAUCCCCUGUCUACUCUCGCCUUGGUCUGAAUGGAGUGACUGCAGUGUAACAUGUGGGAAGGGCAUGCGAACCCGUCAAAGGAUGCUGAAAUCUGCUGCUGAGCUGGGAGACUGCAAUGAGGAGCUAGAACAAGCAGAAAAGUGCAUGCUGCCCGAAUGCCCCAUUGACUGUGAACUAACUGAAUGGUCCCAGUGGUCCGAAUGCAAUACCUCAUGUGGAAAGGGCCACAUGAUCAGAACGAGAAUGAUUAAAAUAGAACCACAGUUUGGAGGAACAGCAUGCCCAGAAACUGUCCAACGCACAAAAUGUCGAGUCAGGAAAUGCCUGAGAGGCCCAGGUAUGGAAAAAAGGCGCUGGAAAGAGGCCCGGGAGAAAAGGAGAAGUGAACAAGCAAAAAAAAAUAUAGAUAGUGAGCAAUAUCCAGUUUGUAGGCUGAAGCCAUGGACUGCUUGGACAGAAUGUUCUACACUCUGUGGAGGUGGAAUUCAGGAACGCUACAUGAUGGUAAAGAAGAGGUCCAAAAGUACUCAGUUUACUAGCUGCAAAGACAAAAAGGAGCUAAGAGCAUGUAAUGUUCAUCCUUGUUAACAAAACACAAGGCUUCCAAGAGAUGCACUCUGAGCUAAAUGGAAAGUCAACCUUGGUUUGUUUUUUAAAGAAACAACAAAAAUAUAAAGUGUAUAUUAGUUUUCAUUUUUUGCAGUGUGGUUUGCUUUUCAGUCUUGCUGGUGCAAGAAAUAUAUUUUAUAAAUAUUUCCUUACAGGUUUAUGCUGAGAGUAAAUCUUUGAUACUCCAGCCAGCCCUUAAUGCAUAAAAAUAGUAAGUCAUUAUGAGUCAUUUAACUAAAAUACAGGCAUAUCUGUGAACAUGGAAUAGCCAUAUAGAAACAUUACUUGUAAAGACAUGGAAUGCAUGCAUAUUAGCAUUACUAAGUUAAAGUAACAUGUUUCAUAUGUGGGAGGACUUCUCUCAAUUAGAUUUUGAAAAUCCAAAGCAGUGCCUACUUGAUUCCGCAACUAUGCCAAGGAGUCAUUUCAGUGAUGCUGGUUCAAUACUAUUGAAGGUGCAUGUUUAUCAUUUUACACUAUUGGGUCAAGCUAUGGUAAUUAUCCUGUAUACUUUUCUUCACAUGGAUGCUAUAGUCCAUGCAAAAUGGUCUUAGUUUCUUUAAAUCUUAAAAAGGAAAUAAUUUGUGCAGCUCAAUAAUGGUGCCUGCCCACUACAUAGUCACAGCCAAAACAGCACACACAGAAAACCUGUGAAUGUCAGAAUAUAUUUAGAUUCCAUAUUCUUGUAUUGGGUCUAUCCACUACCUCUCCAAAUGGAUGCAGAACUACUAGAAAUUGGUUGCAACAGCUGUGUCAUGGAAAGACUUCCACACGAGACACUAAAAAUUAGAUUCAGUUUCAUUAGGAUGUUAAUCACAGGCAAAGAGAGAAAGAGGUUUAUAAAAUAAUAAAAAUGGUACAGAAAAGGUGAGCCAGGUUCUCAUGCGUCCCUUAUAACAAACAAAGGGAAGGGAGCCUGUGAAAUGAAAUAAUGACAGCCUUUUAACGUAUUAAUUACAGAUUGACACAAGUAUAUAUGUACAGCUCUCUCAUUUAUGUUUUUUUUACUCAGAGUAUAGGAGGAUCUAAAAUUUACUAAAUUUGUGAGAAUUUCUAGUUUGUAGAUACACCAGCCAGGAUAAAUGUUUUCCCUGACCACUUGAGUGAUUAACAAACUGCCUAAGAUUAGAAAAUAACUGCUCAGCAUUCUAAUGCUAUUUCACACCAUCUCUUGCAGAGUUUAGCUCUCAUCCCUACACAUAAUCAGGUGUAGGACCAGCGAGACCUUGGGCUUCACUUGCUACUGGAAUAUAGCACUGUCCUAUAAGUUUAACAGUAUAACAACAAAGAUGAAAGGUGAAGGUGAUGGGUUAUCUUUUGGUCCAGGAAAGGCAGCAUAAAGUCUAUGUCUCUACAUAAGUAAUAACAAUGCCCUGAAAGUAAAGACUGUUGAUGUUGACACUUGAAACAAGCUUGAGAGAAAUGAAUGGAGAAAAAUUUACUUUAUAGUCUCUUUAAACUAGCCUUAAGUAAUUUACUCACUUCCUUAACACUUGGUCACAAUCCUGAGAACCUGGCACCCAGGUUUUAAGUGCCCACAUUUGAUGUGAACCACAACCCACUGAGGCUGUUCAACUGCACCAUCACUACCCUGGGAAUCCUCUCAUUACCUCCCUGCACCCAAGCGGGCUAGAUGGGCUGGCUGCAUGAUACUGUAGGCUUUUCAUCGUCGUUUCUUCACUAAACACUGCAAGGCCUGCUCAACUUCCACAGUUGUUGCAUCCCACUCCCUCAAGGCAUUUUACUGCUCUUUUUGAGAUCUGGAAUGAAGGGAGGGCUGGGGAAAUAAUGGAACCAACCACAGUGUUAAGCCUCUCCUGCCACUGCUAAACAAAAUGGCUGCAGGCCCAUAGUGAACCAAACCAGGAGGGAAAAAAUAAUACAAGGUUUAAUGCCGAAACCAAACAGCUCCCCACUUUGCACAGCGUGGCUCAUUUAAUAAUAUAAUUCAGAUAGUUUGCCUCCUUGCGCCUGUUGAAAAAUUUUGCAGUUUAUGUCUCUACAGCACUGUCAUUACAGUGUAGCAGCAAGACUGUGCCUAGGUAAUGACCUUACCUUGCGCAUUACCCUUUUGUGACUGAAAUAAAAAAAGUAACCCUCCAACAGAAAAGCCCAGUGGAAUGAUACAGGUACUGGAGGAGUGACCAGCUGAACAUAUUUCUGAUGAAGAAUCAGAUGUCUACAGGGAAGGGCUACAGUGAUUCCUGACAGGCGCUCAGCCAGUGAAAACCUACAUGUGCAGUCAAGACUGCCACAACCAUCUACCUUUGCGAGCUGCUCUUGCUGAGCCCGACAGAGGCUGUGACAGUGUGGGUUUUGUAUGCUUGGGUCUGUGAGAGCUUGGGGCAGGGGGAGCAUAGGAAAAAAGUUUGUCCUCAAUGGAAAAAAAAAAUAUGUGAGUUUAUGGACUAUAUUUAUCUCAUCAACCUUUACCACUUGUUCAAGUUAAUCUUGCAAAAUCACACCUGUUUCUGCAAAUAAUCAAUUAAAAACAGCACUGUAUUUUCAUUUCGUUUGUUCCAUUUCAUUGACCUAUUUUGGUUUUUAAUUACUCCCUUUGCCAAAGGCUACAUAGUCCAAAUACAUCUUGAGGUAUGUAGGAAAUACACAACAUCUUCCCAAACGUGCCACAAAAUUGUGCAUUAAAACAACCUGGCAUCUCUUUCAAUGUGGUCCUUACUAAUUUGAUUCUCUAUAUUUUUUGUUAGGAGGCUGUCCAGUGUGAUUUCCAGUCAUUUCUCUUAGGCUUAUUAAAGUAAUGAAUGUUGGAUUUUCCCCUCCACACUUUGUUAAUGCAUGCAGUGACACCAUAGAUUGCACUGGCUCAGAAAUGUGUGAUGGUUCCUGCUUGGGUUCAGCUUUUCACACUGUUUUUCCUGUUGAAACAUUUUACAAACCACUUGUCCUUCCUAUAACUUGAUACAAUAUUUAAGCUUGUUACAUUUUGUAAAAAAAAACCCACACAAGCAAAUGAAAAAAAAAAAAAAGGUUGAUUUUCUAUUGAGAAAAGAAGCUCUGAUACACAAUCUCUAAAAAUAUUGCAUCGUUACUGUAAACUUUCUAGUAGUGUAAUAGCCACUGAUUAUCAGUCAAUAAAAAUAAGAACUGUUAUCUCUCCUAUCUUGCAAAUAAUCCUGCUGAACUGAAAGCACAGAUGUCAUUCCAGUUUUGUAGACCUCAAAAAUCAGAUCUUAGCAUUGUGUGUACAUUGUGUUUUUUUUUCCCCAACAUACAAACUGUAGAGGUUUUACACAUAGUAAAAAGUAAAAGCUAGAGGCUUAACACCUGUACAGUAGGACUCUGUGUGCAGCAUACGAUUCGAACAAAAUUUUGUUUAUUUGCAUUUUUAGAUGUCCUUCCUUGUUUCUGUUUGCUGUGGAAUUAUGAAAAAGCUACCAUGAACAUUUCUUACCAAAGUCUUGUGUAGAUGUUUUGUAGCUGUCUGGCUAACACAUUAUUAUUAUUAUUAUUUUGGAAUAAAGACAUCUUUACUAUGAA